AUGUUCGUAUUCAAAUACAAAAGAAACCGUUCAUCCCUCAUGUCUAUCUUCGCCACUCGCGCCACCAUGUCACAACAAAGUCUUCGGAAAUUGGAUUCAAUCAUCGGUGAUACGUUCCAACUCCGUAAUGAUGGUGAAGAUAGUUUUCCGUCCUUGAAAGCCAAGGUUCUACACCUCGCAACUCAAAUCGCAGCCUUGGAGAGACUUGAACCAGUCGCCAGACUCAUACGAGAGGGAGAGCUUCUACCAAUGCGAAAGCUGAACUACAAUAUCAAGAAAUUGUCAGAGGACGACUCCAAGUGUGAUGAUCACGAAGAUUCUCGUUGGACUUGUCUCCAAAAGCUAGGUUGUCAGACCGCUGUCUUCUGCAUGAUCUCUUUCAGCGGAUUAGCCCAACUGCCAGCUGAAGAGUACGAUUGGCUUCUGAAAAAUGUGCAAAGGUAUAUGAGGGGGCAAGGGCUUCCUCGCAACUGGGUCGCACGAGAGCAGAUAAGGAAGGUAAUGGCAAACGCGCCUAGACGUCCAAAUGCAAUAUCUUUCCUCAACAGCUACCAUAAACUCGAGAUGCAAUGGUGCGAUACAACCGAAACGAACACUAUACAGGAAAAAUCAGCCUGGGAAGGCAUGCGUAAUGGGAAUUUGCAACAAUUCCCUCCUGCUUCAAACCCUCAUGAAAACAAGACAGAACCAAUACCGACAGUGCAGGCGGAAUACUUGGCUACAGAGAAGGCAGAGGUUCAGCAAGAGAUGGCACAGAGUGGCAGGCUCCAUAUUGGUCAGCAACGGAGAGCGAACAAGAAGCGGAGCGAAUAUCAAGUUACAGAUGAGCGACCAUCGAAACGUGUCCAGUUACGACCACAGCAGAUUCCAGGGCAGGGUAAUUACUGCCCCUUCUCGUUUACGACGCGCGAUAAGAUUGAAAAGCUCCCCGAACCAUUUUGUACCGGGCUGAAGAGAAGCAAUUUAUGGAAAAAGGAGAAGGAGACCGGAGGGCUAGAGGUCACAAACUGCCUCGCUAUGUACCUGCCAGAGCGCAAGGCGGAUGCUUUCUUUGUAAUUACGAUUAGCUACGACGAUGGAUUUAACAUCUCAAAUUUUCUUGGUUUGGGAGAGCCAGAGAUUUUAGAGUCAGAGGAAUACGUCACAGAAGAAGCUCUCUUAAGAGAUUGA